GGCAGGCAGGCAGUGAAAGUGAAGGCGGAGACCAGCCCAGUGCCGAAAACUCAGCCUCUUCUGGAUCCCGUUCAACUUCACUGAACAACCCCAAUACCGAUCCAAAAAAGUGAGCCGUGAAGAGGAAGGAAGACCAGAAAAAAAGAGAAAAAAACCCCUCGCUGCUCCCAACCUCUGUUCACCGCUAUCUGCAAAGAAUUGUCUUCCGGUGUUGACUUUUUUUUGCGCGAGCCCUGCAAGAGAAAAAGCCUCCCAAGCACAAAGUUGAACGUGAGAAAUGUGAAGCUAACGGCUUGUGUUUUCAACUAGGCUCCAGGAUUCCCUAUUAAUCCAUGCAGUACAGUGCAAUGGAUGAAUUUCAUCCCUUCAUCGAGGCACUUCUCCCUCACGUCCGUGCCAUAGCCUACACGUGGUUCAACCUCCAGGCCAGAAAACGCAAGUACUUCAAGAAGCACGAGAAGAGGAUGUCCAAGGACGAGGAGCGCGCGGUGAAGGACGAGCUUCUGGGCGAGAAGCCUGAGGUAAAGCAGAAAUGGGCGUCCAGGCUGCUGGCCAAGCUGCGUAAGGACAUUCGGCAGGAGUACCGAGAGGACUUUGUCCUCAGUGUGACGGGCAAGAAGCACCCAUGCUGCGUGCAGUCCAACCCGGACCAGAAGGGCAAGAUCCGCCGGAUCGACUGCUUGAGGCAGGCCGACAAAGUCUGGCGUCUGGACCUGGUGAUGGUCAUCCUCUUCAAAGGCAUCCCUCUGGAAAGUACAGACGGGGAGCGCCUCGUCAAGUCUCAACAUUGCACCAACCCCACACUUUGUGUCCAGCCGCACCACAUUACAGUAUCGGUCAAGGAGCUGGACUUGUUUCUAGCAUACUAUGUCCAGGACCAAGGCACGGUCGUCUGGCUGAUCUCUAAGGCCGAGCAUCGCCUGCUUGCCACGCUGCGUGGGGUCGCUUCUUGCAUCUUGUUUUCCGCCCUGCUGCCUCAGAGGCUUUGGUCAGGCGGCCAGUGCGGGGACCUGACCUUCUGGGUCACAGUGGAGGUCUGUGACUAA